AUGUUUUUUCGAUGGAUGCAAGAUAAAGAAUCAAUGAGUGCAUUUAACACCAUGCAUGUGGCAGUGUCAAUUCUCCCAGUAGAUUUAAACAAUACGAAAGACAGUUUACCUUGGUGGAUUGAUGAAAUCUCGAGAGGAAGAACUCUCGGUAACGAAGGGGAAAAAACUGAUUCUACAGCACUUACUGGGAGUUGUAGGCUACUUUUAUGCUGUGAUAUCAUGGAUCAAACGAAUACGAAAGGUUCCCCCUAUGUAGCUUUCUGCAAAAAUUCUGAACGCGAAUUUUCCUUUGAAAGCACAGCAUUUUCUUUAAGUAGAAAAUGA